GGCUGGCGAGUGCACUAGGCGCGCGCGGAGAAAGAGCGGAGAGCCGGCCGGGCGGCUGCGCAGGAACCUCGGCGGGUCCCACAAAGGCCGACGAGAGCGAGCGCGCGCCCGCCCCUCCCCGACCGGCAGCCUCUCCCCGUCCCCUGCCCGCAGAGAGGGCCCCUCCCUCUCCAGCGCGCCCCGUCGGAGAAGGAGCCUGCCCCCCCGCAGCCGGCGGGGGGAGGAGGAUGGACAUACCCUUCUACCAUGACGACGUGUUGAUCGCCUUGGCGGCCCCCGCAGCGUCCUCCAGCCCCCGCAGCCUCUUGCAGCCUUUCCCCGGUGGCGGCGGCGGCGGCGGCAGCACCAUGAUGAAGAAAGACGGCCUGGUGCUGGCGCUGAGCGACCAGGUCGUCGCCAGCCUGAAGGCGCCCGGCCACGCCACCGCGCAGCAGCAGCAGCAGCCGGAAGGGCAGGCGCUGCUGGCCUCCCCGGACCUGGGCCUGCUGAAGCUGGCCUCGCCGGAGCUGGAGCGCCUGAUCAUCCAGUCCAACGGCUUGGUGACCACCACGCCGACCAGCGGCGGCUCCCAGUUCCACUUCCCCAAAGGCGGCGGGGGCGCCCCGGACGAGCAGGAGUUCGCCGCCGGCUUCGUCAAGGCGCUGGAGGACCUGCACAACCAGAACCAGCUGGGCGUGGGCGGGGGCCCUGUCGGGGGGGAGCUGCCGCCCUCCGCCGGCCUGGCGCAGCAGCAGCCGCCGCAACACCAGCCGCCGCCGCCGCCCCCCGAGCCGCCGGUGUACGCCAACCUGAGCACCUUCGCGGGCACGGCGGCUUACGCGCCGGAGGGGCCCUACGCGCCGCCGCCGCCCGCGCACCCGCGCCUCCAGCCCCCGCCGCCGUCGCUGAAGGACGAGCCGCAGAUCGUGCCGGAGGUGGCCAGCUUCGGGGACAGCCCGCCGCUCUCGCCCAUCGACAUGGACACGCAGGAGCGCAUCAAGGCGGAGCGCAAGCGGCUGCGCAACCGCAUCGCCGCCUCCAAGUGCCGGCGGCGGAAGCUGGAGCGCAUCUCGCGCCUGGAGGAGAAGGUGAAGAGCCUCAAGAGCCAGAACACCGAGCUGGCCUCCACCGCCAACCUGCUGCGCGAGCAGGUGGCCCAGCUCAAGCAGAAGGUGCUCAGCCACGUCAACAGCGGCUGCCAGCUCCUGCCCCAGCAGCCGCCGCCGCACCAGGUCCCGGCCUACUAGGGGGCGCGCCCCCCGCCGGCAGGACAGAAGCCGCGGGCGGCGGCGGCCGCGCCUGGGGCCCCUCCGAAGGGCAAGGACGCAUGCCGCGGGACGGGCGGCGGCGGCGGCGGCGCGCCUAGGCCGGCGCCUCCAAACACACACACAGCCCCGACGCCGGGGCGCACACGCGUGGGGGCAAGGCACCAGCCCCAUGCAUGCCCUGCAGCGCAGCCGCGGCCCCAGGAGGCCCCCCUCGGCUCUCGGGACCUUCUUGUGCCAGCCGAGGGCCCCGCGCGCGCCGGGGCGCACCGAGGAGCGGAGGAGCCUCUCCGGGCGGGCGGGAUUGCCGGAGGAGGAGGAGGAGGACCCUUGCUGGGGCGCCUGGAAGGAAGACGCAGGCGGACGGCGAGGCGGCGGAGGGAGGCCGCCUCCGCCCUUUGAUCCAUCCGGGCACCCCCCCCUUUCGAGCGAGCCGUGUGGCCGCUGGACUAAAGCAGGACCAGGGGGAGGGGCUGCUUGUGGACUCCCCCCCCCUCGACCCACCGAUCUCCCAGUUUCGCUGGGACCUGCCCUAGACUUUGCCUGAACCCCGCCCUUUUCUGCCCGCCUCCAUGAAGCAUUUCCUCUGCUCUGCCGUAUUUAUGUUAAUAUUGGCCCCCUGCUUUUUCUUGUUUUGGACGGGAGGGGUUCCUGUCCCCUGUUGUUUCUCUCGCUCUCCUUUAUUUUAUUUUAUUCUUGCGCCUUAUAUGCAUAACAUUCCAUUGUGCAGUAAAAGCCUGUGCAGGAGUUUCAACACA